AUGUACAAUUCUCCCAAAUCUACCUGUGCGACACACGCCGAUUCAUGGUACACAGGAAAUGGUUAUCGGCUCGGUCAGGAAUUGAGUGGAUGGCUUGCAGCCGUCAAACCCACGGAGGAGCAGGAGUUCGAGCCACCUAUCGCAGGAUGCAAAGCAAUCAUCGGGCCACAUGCCGGCUAUUCGUACUCGGGGCGUGCAGCCGCUUGGGCGUAUAAGACCAUCGAUACAACCGGGAUCAAACGCGUCUUCAUUCUUGGCCCCUCUCAUCAUGUAUACCUCACGCGAUGCGAUGUUUCCGGAUGCGAUUAUUAUGAGACGCCUCUGGGUAAAUUAAGCAUCGAUAAAGAGGUUAACGAUGAGUUACUGCAAACUGGCAAGUUCAAGACAAUGAGUUUAGAUACGGACGAAGACGAACACAGCAUCGAGAUGCAUUUACCAUACAUCUAUCAUGUAUUUCAAGACAACAUCACAGUGGUGCCCAUAUUGGUGGGAGCAAUUGACAGAGCUCAAGAAAUAGAUUACGGUCGCAUUUUGGCUCCUUAUCUAGCCGAUCCGGAAAACUUCUUCGUCAUCUCCAGUGACUUUUGCCACUGGGGCACUCGUUUCCGAUACACGUUUUACUAUCCAGAGCCUCUCCCCAGUGAAAUUGCAGGUGUGCGCCUCAGGAGCUCUGGCCCACAGCAGUAUAAUUUCUCACAGAGGCCGAUCUACGCCUCUAUUUCCGACCUCGACCACGAAGCCACGGACAUCUUGACUAUUCGCCCAACGCCAGAGGUAGAAACACCUGCGGCCCAGUCUCACAAAAAGUUCUCGGACUACCUCGACCGUACAGGGAAUACAAUAUGUGGCAGACAUCCGAUUGGUGUGCUCCUUGGAGCCCUCAUGGAGCUCGAGAAGCAUGGUAAACACCCAAAGGUCGAGUGGGUGCACUACGAGCAAAGCAGUAAAUGUCAGAAUCUUAGGGACUCUAGUGUAAGUUACGCCAGUGCAUACGUGUCUUUCUUGUAG